AGUUCUCUCCAUAAACCCUCUUCUAUUAAGUAUUCCUUCUUUUCCCUCAGCCUUCGUCUUCUCCAAAAACCCUUCUUUUCUGCACCGUCUACAGCAGAAUUUGCAAAGAUGAAUUUCAACAACAUGAAGGUCCCCAAGGUUCCUGGUGGUGGUGCGGCUUCUGCCUUGAUUAAGUUGGGACUUGUUGCUGGGCUUGGCGUGUAUGGAGUUGCUAACAGUCUCUACAAUGUUGAGGGAGGGCAUAGGGCCAUUGUCUUCAAUCGUGUAGUUGGUGUUAAGGAUAAGGUCUAUCCUGAAGGCACACAUUUGAUGAUCCCAUGGUUUGAGAGGCCAACCAUCUAUGAUGUUCGUGCGCGACCUAAUUUAGUUGAGAGUACAUCAGGUAGCCGUGACCUGCAAAUGGUGAAAAUUGGUCUUCGAGUGCUCACUCGUCCAGAGGCAGAUCAGUUGCCUACUAUUUAUCGAACCCUUGGUGAGAAUUUUAACGAAAGAGUCCUACCUUCUAUAAUUCAUGAAACAUUGAAAGCUGUGGUUGCCCAAUACAAUGCUAGCCAGCUCAUCACCCAGAGAGAGGCUGUCAGUAGGGAGAUACGGAAAGUUUUGACAGAAAGAGCAGCCCAGUUCAACAUUGCUCUGGAUGAUGUGUCGAUCACAAGCCUGACUUUUGGGAAAGAAUUCACAGCUGCAAUUGAAGCUAAACAGGUUGCUGCACAAGAAGCCGAGAGGGCCAAGUUUGUUGUGGAAAAGGCUGAGCAAGACAAGCGAAGCGCAAUUAUCAGAGCACAGGGUGAGGCUAAGAGUGCUCAGCUGAUCGGUGAAGCAAUCUCAAACAAUCCAGCCUUCAUCUCACUGAGGAGAAUUGAAGCAGCAAGAGAAAUUGCAAGCAUCCUCUCUCAUUCUAACAACAAGGUCUAUCUGAGCUCAGACGAUCUCUUGCUAAAUCUGCACGACAUGAAGUUGAGCACAGGGAAGAAGUAACCCUUAAAAUUUAACGUGUUUUGGGAUCCAAUUUAGAUCGAAGCACCCAUUCUGAAAUUAUGUGAAAGACAGCAGGGUUUUCACUGUGACAUAUGAGUGGUACCUACUCUUCUUGAAACCUUCAGAAUUGGUAAAUCAUUUAAAGUUUGAGUAGUUACUUGCGGUGGUAGAGACAAAAGGGAACUCUUUUGAGAUGAUGUGAAGUGAGCAAGUCAAUUUCAGUAGUUUGCUAUACAUUUUGCAAAUCUUCCUUCCCUUUUUUUUUGGCUUGAAUUGCUUCUGUCAAAAGCAUUUGACCAAAAUAAAAGAAAACUAUGUCCAUUUCUCCCC